AAAGCAGAAAGUUGCCAUUCCAAAUUUCAAAAAUCCCAAGCUAGUUUUGGUCAUUCUUAACAAUCUUCCUCUGCUUAAGCCAUGGCCUCUAACAUUAGCUUGAUAAGUUUGGCAAUAGUUGCACUUGCCCUUUUUGUCUCCGUGCAAGGAACUCUUGGAGGUAUAGAAUGUGAGCAUCUGAGCCACGAUACAUGCGCAUUUGCGGUGUCAUCAGCAGGAAAACGAUGUGUGCUUGAGAAGCACGUGAAGAGGACCGGUGAAGAAGCAUAUACAUGCAAGACAUCAGAGAUUGAAGCUGAUAAACUCAAGGACCACAUCGAAAGUGAUCAAUGCAUCAAAGCUUGUGGAUUGGACAGAAAAUCCUUUGGUAUCUCAUCUGAUUCUCUUCUUGAGUCUCGUUUCACUCAAAACCUCUGCUCCCCUCAGUGUUACCAAAGCUGCCCCAACAUUGUUGACCUUUACUUCAACCUUGCUGCUGGUGAAGGUGUAUUUCUUCCCAAGUUGUGUGAAGCAGAAGGUGCAAAUGCUCGUCGAGGAAUGGCUGAGAUCAAAAGCUCUGGUAGUGUGGCACCAGGACCCGUGCGCUCUGUGCAGUUCACAGCUAAUCCUCCAGAACCUUUGAAUGCUAUGGAGUUCACUGCUGAACCUGUGGUUGCCCCUGCAUACCCACCAUACUAAGUAGUAGAUUUUAUAAUGCAGACUUAAGAUUGGUGUGUUUGAUACCUUAAUAUAUAUACGUUUGGUUUUUAAUAAGGAAGUUUGCACUCCAAUAUACUUAGGGGGGUUUGGAAUGUAUCAUUAAUAUAUUUUGUUAUGCAAAAUGU